GACAUUAGCUAGUACAGGUGUAUUUGUGACCUGCUAGCUUUUACUAUGAGUGCAUUUGAUCCACAAGCACAUUCUCCACCACGCUGUGGGCCACAAUUUCCCAGUAUUGGGCAGGAGCCUCCAGAGAUGAAUAUCUACUGUGAAAGCUUCUUACAUCCCCAGACAAUGCCUAGUCCUCAGCGACCUUCAAACUUUGAAACAGGUGACUACAGCACCACUGCAAAUCCCUAUCUGUGGUUGAAUGGACCUUCCAUCACACCUCCUCCAUAUCUGCCAGGAUCCAACUCAAGCCACUUCAUGCCUCAGGCAUAUGGGAUGCAGAGGCAGCUACUGCCUAACAUGCAUGGUUUGGGAAGUUCUGAAUUAGGUUGGCUUCCUAUUCCUUCACAAGAAGAACUUAUGAAACUGGUGAGACCUCCAUACUCUUACUCUGCAUUAAUAGCAAUGGCAAUACAUGGAGCCCCAGAUAAAAGACUGACACUGAGCCAGAUCUACCAGUAUGUUGCUGAUAACUUUCCUUUCUACAACAAGAGCAAAGCUGGGUGGCAGAAUUCAAUUCGACACAACCUGUCUCUAAAUGAUUGCUUCAAGAAAGUACCAAGAGAUGAAGAUGAUCCAGGCAAGGGCAAUUAUUGGACCUUGGACCCAAACUGUGAAAAAAUGUUUGACAACGGAAACUUCCGCAGAAAGAGGAAAAGAAAGUCUGAUGUCAGCCCCAAUGGACAGUUAUCUUCUGACAAGCCUGAAGGGAGCCCGCUAAGUGAGAGCCCUACGAAUGGAGAGCAUCAGGACAUGUUGGGAAAUUCUUCACCAGGAACAGAUGACUCCCCUGAAAAAAGGUCACCUCCUCCAUCUAUAACCCCAUGCCUUAAUAACUUUCUCUCCAGUAUGACUGCAUAUGUUAAUAGUGCUACCCCAAUCAGUAGGUCAGUUCCACUUGGACUCAGUAACGAAACCUCUGAUAAGAUGGGACAGAACAUGGUUGGAUUCAAUUCCUACACUCCUCUUUCAAAUAUGCCAAGCCAUGGAGGGUCUGACUGGUCAUCUACCGUAUCAUCAAAUCCUUUUGGCUACAGCAGUUCUGUGUUCAAUCAAUUCACUCCUCAUUUUUACAACAGUAUGAGUACAAACAAUACUCUCUAUAACAGAGAAGGUACAGAAGUAUAACUGGGUGGUACCAAUUUUAUAGCAGUCACGACAAAGUCCUUGUUGGCAUAUACAUAGCAUGCUUUUACUCUACAGAGUUCUCUUUAUUCUUAUACAACAGGCACCUGCUGUGGUUCAUAAGUUUUAGUGAGUUGCUUCUACGGUGUUUCAAAGCUUUUCUAUCAAGGCAAAUGAUGCUUAGUGAUGCAUGGACUAAUAGCAGGGAAGGGCACUGUAUUAAGUAAGUCUUCAAUAAAAUAUGAAAUGGCAAGCCUGCCAAUUAGUGUUUUUGUAAAAAAAAGUAAAAGUUACUCAGAAUUUGUUUUACACUGACCUUUUUACUGUACCUUUCUGACGCACUACAGUGGUGAAAUACUGUAUUUAGAGAAAAAAAAGAAAAUUGCAAAGUAAUGCUUUUCAUACUUCAAAUAUAACGUUUAGCAUUUGAUUGUAAUUUGGUCUGCUAACGUGUAUUUAUAAAUGUUUACCUUGGAUGUAUAAUAUGUGGGGGGUAAUGUGUUGGGUCCUCAGACCUGUCUUCGGCUACUUACAUGUUUUGUAAAUGUUUAAUAUUUUAUAUGUAUUAUAGCUAAAUUCACUGUGGGGUUUAACAUGGGUAAUUUUAUAAUAAAAAAAAAAA